AUGACUACCAGCACCGUCGUAUCACUCCUGUCAUCGCUGAUGCAGACCCAGAGUACAAGUGAACACGAACAGGAACUCGCCCACUUCUUAGACGACCACCUUACCAACCUCGGCUAUACCGUUGAACGCCUUCCAAUCGCCGAAGGCUCAACCAGAGAAAAUGUCUACGCCUAUCUAGGUACCCAGCGGAAGACCCGAGUAUGUCUCACCUCACACCUGGACACCGUCCCGCCCUACAUCCCGCUACGAAUUGAGGGAUCUACAAUCUACGGGCGGGGCGCAUGCGACGAUAAAGGUCCCAUGGCUGCGCAGAUAUGCGCUUUAGAGGAAUUGAGAGCAGAAGGGGCUGUCAAGGAAGGCGAUGUGGGGUUAUUAUUUGUGGUCGGGGAAGAGAAAGGUGGACCCGGCAUGAUAGCGGCAAAUCACCAGGACCUCAGUUUCGAAGGAGUGAUAUUUGGGGAGCCGACCGAGGGGAAAUUGGUUGUUGGACAUAAGGGCCAUUUGGUGUUUGAACUGAUUGGAGAGGGCAAGGCUUGCCACUCUGGAUACCCUCAGCAUGGGGUGAACGCUAACUUUGCACUUAUCGAAACACUGAGUGACUUCGUUCAAACGGAAUUCCCGAGCUCGUCGCUACUGGGGCCAUCGACUUUCAAUGUUGGGAAGAUUGAAGGCGGCGUGAGCUAUAAUAUCGUCCCGGAGACGAGUAAAGCGCUUUGUGCUGUGCGCGUCGCGACAGAUAUGGCUGGGAUAAAGAAGAUUGUCUCGGAUACUGUUGCCCGACAUUCGAACGUUCGACUAGAGUUUAAGUUUGAGUAUCCUGAAACCUUGCUAGAUCAUGAUGUUGAGGGUAGCUUUAACGUUCGGUCUUGUUGCUAUAUGAACAGAUCUAUCCUGGUAGCACAUGGAGACAAUGAACAGAUUGAGAUUGAUGAGUUGAUGGAGGGGGUUCGGGCGUAUAAAAAGCUGACGAUGCACGCGUUGAAUUCUGCUCGAUAG